GAGUGGAAAUCUAAAAUGGCGGCUAACGUUUAUGUUAUGCUGCUGUUCAUCAGUUCUGUCCUUUUUGUGUGUAUCCAGUCGUUUCAAGCAACUAGUGAUGUAAAAUGUUCUCUUCGAAGCGUGAGCUUUGAACAUAAAGUGUGCGUCUGCAACUCUUCGUAUUGUGAUACCACUCCCACAGUGGAGCCUGUUCCCAAAGGUCAAUACAUUGUGUUCACCACGUCAAGAAAUGGACUAAGACUUGACAAGAAAGUGCUGAAGGCCGUGAAUGUUUCCAAAAGUGCUGUAUUCAAAAUCGACACCAAGACAAGGAGACAAAAGAUCAUAGGAUUUGGUGGUGCAUUUACAGAUGCUGCUGGAAUCAAUAUUGCAAGCUUGCCAAGUGAUGCACAAAAAAAACUUAUUUCAUCAUAUUUUGCAAAAGAUGGCAUUGAAUACACUGUUGGACGUGUACCUAUGGCAAGUUGUGACUUCUCCACCCACCCUUACUCUUAUGAUGAUGUCGCUGGUGAUCUCACUUUAUCCAAGUUUGCUCUGGCUCCGGAGGAUCUCAAAUACAAGAUCCCCUUCAUACAACAAGCCAAGACCCUGAGCCCGAACCCAAUCCGCAUGUUUGCCAGUCCGUGGAGUGCUCCUGCCUGGAUGAAGACCAACGACAACAUGACUGGCAAAGGGUCACUCAUUGGAGAACCUGGUGGCCAGUAUUACAAGGCAUGGGCCUUAUAUUAUGUCAAGUUUUUACAGUUUUAUCAGCAGCACAAUAUCUCAUUUUGGGGUCUAACUACUCAGAACGAACCAAUUGAUGGCUUGCAGCAAAAUUUCCCUUUCCAAGCCCUGGGAUUUACCCCGGAGACUCAACGUGAUUUUGUUAAACUCGAUCUUGGGCCAGCAUUACACACUGCUGGAUUUGGGAAUGUCAGUCUCAUGAUGUUGGAUGACCAGAGAUUGCUAAUUCUGGACUGGACAAAAGUCGUCCUGUCUGACCCAGAAGCCAGUCAGUAUUUAUCUGGAGUAGCUGUCCACUGGUAUUCAGAUUUUCUUGUACCUUCAGACGUCUUAACGAAGACUCACACUAAUUUCCCUGACAAGUUCAUUUUUGCAAGUGAGGCUUGUGAAGGGUCAAUGCCAUGGCAAAAGCAUGUGGAACUGGGCUCAUGGGAGCGAGCUGCCAGCUACACAAAAGAUAUCAUCACGGACCUCAACAACUGGGUCACAGGUUGGACUGACUGGAACAUUGCUUUGGACAUGACAGGUGGCCCCAACUGGGUAUCCAAUUUUGUGGACAGUCCCAUCAUAGUCAAUGCUGAGAAAAAAGAGUUUUACAAACAGCCAAUGUUUUAUGCCCUAGGACAUUUCAGCAAGUUUCUUAGACCCGGCUCUGUCUGGGUCAAGGUUGAAUCAUCAGAGAGCAUUCCAGGGAUUGAAAUAACAGCAUUCUACAGACCAGAUAAUUCGCUUGCUGUUGUCAUCCACAAUUUGGGCAUCGAUACGGUGGAGCUAACCUUGACAGAUGAUGGUUCAGCAUUCUACCCGGUGACCUCUCCAGGCUACUCUAUACAAACAGUUCUCUGGUGGUGAUGUGAGAGUAAAAUAUUAGUAAUGCUAGAGAUGGACAUAUCCAACGGACAAAAAGGAAGAAAAAAGAAUUAAAAAUAGAGGUCUAGGAAAAAAGAGGAAAUCUUAGUAUCUUUCAGUGUAGGUAUGGUACUUAGGUUGCAUUUUUUAAAUGUCCUCUGACAUUUAUUUCACCACAGCUCAGUCUCUGUUAAUGUGCACUAUUCUCAGGGCAUUUCACAGGGAUAUCUUGUAGAUUGCUAAUCAGCCGUAUCUCCCAAACCUCAGUGAAUAGAUGCAUAAAACAAGAUUUACACAGUCGAAUCUACUCUAAUGACCACUUGUCCAAGAUAAUUACCUGUACAAACAACCAAUUCCCACCGAUAAUGACUUUAUCCAAGAGGACGACCAUCUAAGAUGACCUCUUUUCUCCUGGACAAUACAUGCUUGUUUUAGACAAGUUCAAUAUACUUAAUUGUACUUUUAGUUUUAAUGCCUUUGAAUGUUGUUUACAUGAAUAACAAUUAAAUUUUUUUUGUGUGCAAUGGAAAUGGGGGGGGGGGGGGGGGCUUGAGCUUUGAGAUCAGAUGGUGUGCCCGAGGGAUAACUAUCAAAUCAAUCACCAUCUCAAUUUUUUUUUAACAUGCAUUUUGUUUGUUACCUUCGCAUACUUUUUUUUACUAAAGAAUUCCUAAUGAGAGGGGAGUGGGUAAAAUGCUGAAAAAAAAAGAAAUAGAACUAUAACUUGUCUAGCACUUGUCCUGAUAUUGCCAUGGUUUUCAUUUACUAGAGAUUUUUUACUCUAAUGUCAUUUGUUAAGGUCCCAGAAUUUUCAUGUUGGAGAAGCAGAACUUGGGCUUUCAUAUGCUAUAUUAUUUCAUGUCGUUACUUUUUUUUUAAUACAAAGAAAUGAGUGCUCCAAUCCUGUUGGUGUUGUGUACACCUCAGGCAGGUUAGGAGAUAUAAAUCACAGUCUCCUGUCUUACCAAGAGGAGAUGGAAACUCUCCAUGUUCACCUGGGUUGGGGUGUCAUUUUCCUUCCAAACUUGCAAUGUUUUCUGUCCAGCUCUUUUGUGCUAAUUGGUCGAUAGAAGGUGCUGUCCAACAAUUGAGAAAUAAACAAUCAAAAUGGUAGUGUGGGAUCUUCCUUUUUAAUCAGAUGAGGGGUGGGGGGGAUGAUCUGAGUACUCUCAGAAUUGUGUACAUGUCAAUGUAAUUUUGGGUCUAUGUAAAUCAUUUCAUCUUGCUGUUGUAUGCGAUGUUUGUCUUUUUCUUGUUUCUUCGUCAAAAUGUAGUGGAUAUUGCUUAAUUUCUAUAAUAUAUUAGGGAUACGCAAAAGAAACAUCAGUUUCACCAGCAAUAUCAUCUAUCUAUUUCUCACCUUCUUUCUUCAAUGGGAUCCAACAUUUCUAAAUACAGCUGAACUAGUUUCACUUGUACAAUAUAAUAUGCUGGAAUAAAGACACUUGCUAAAAGAAUUUUCUAUUUAUAACGAAUAAGCCAUUGUAACUCAUUUUCCCUCUGAAGAAUAGAUUAUGAACAUAUUCUGUCCCUAUCAUUAGACCACGCUAUGCUAGUCAUUUCAUUAUUUUAUUGUUAGACAAGUGACUUCUGGGUGUUGCAAGCAUCCCCUCCCCUCUCUUCUUUCCUAAUUAUAAUAUUGCAAACACACAUCAUGCUUCUGAACAUUCCGCGUUCUGCCAAUACAAUGUGUGGCCUAAGCUUGUGCUUGCCAGUUAUAUCUAAAUUUAAAACACAUCACGCUGGCAGUGAGGUGUGUAGUAGUAGGUCCACUUGGUGCGGCCUCACAUAUCGCUGGUUUUAGUCGUGGCUUUACAGUCCGGUCUUCGGCUGCAGACCCAUAAACACAGUUAUUAAUAACUAGCUGAACCCCCUUUCGAUGAAAGGAAUGAUCUGUGCAUUGACAUAAACUGAAAGUCAUUGGUCAACUAUAUUUACACUCUACCGGAAUGGAGCAAUAAAUCUUGAGAAAUGCAAAAAAUUAGAAGGCCUAGAUCUAUACUCUCGACACAAAAUGCGCCUCACGAAAUAUCACUUCCGGCACUUCCACUGUGAAGGCCACCUUGGCAGGUUUGUUUCGUUUCUCAGUGGAAUAAUCCCAAAGGCCAAAGAAGGACGAGAACAUUUUGUCAAAUAUAUUUUUCUAAAUUCA